UUACUGAAGUUAGGCAAGUGUGGUCUAUCAACAUUUUGUUUGAGGUUGUAAAUUAUUACUAAUUGUUACCGUAGUUCCUCUGAUGUAGGUUAUAUGAUGUAUAAACUUUCUGCAAUGCCAUUUACAAAACGGAUUUUCUCACAUGGUGUUUAUCUCGUACCAAAGCAAAUAGUUGUACAGCAUUCAAUGCGGUUGUGUACUCUUUGUAAUUUCUAUCAUGGAAAAGUAUCAAAACAUGUGAAGUACUACCAAAUUCACACAAAUACUACAACAAUAAAUAUAUCAAAUCAUCCUUCUUCGAAGAAAAAGAUUAAACAAAAAAUGAAAAAGUAUGCAGAAUUGUUAACAGUAACAGAAAAAGAAACAAGCACUAAAAUGGCAAAAGUACAUAAAUUAAAUUCUGCAGAUUUAUCCACAUUUGUUGAUGAAUCUAAUAUUACCACAGAUAAAACAUGUGACAUUAGUGGUACUGACAUUAAUAAAGUUUCUAAUUCAGAGCACAGAACUAAAGAUUACCAAGCUAUAGAUAAUAACAAAAUUUGUUUAAAUAUUGAAAACUAUGAAAAAAUAUUGUCUGAUCAGGAAGUGCAACAUCAUAAUGAAUUUUCUAAUGAUGCAGAAUUGUUUGGAAAUUUGAACAAAUAUGAUGAUGUAAAUAGUAGCAUUAUUCACAAUGAUACAUUAUGUGAUAGUUCAAUUCCAAGUUAUGAAACAAUGAUAAAUAAAAAAUUAAAAAAAAAUUUACAUUUAAAAGUAAAUAAAAUAUCACAAAAAAAGGAACAUCAUAAAAUUAAAAAUAAAUUUAUAAGACCAGAAUAUGUUGAAAGUUUGUUAGUACAUAUGCAAGUUUAUUUAAGUUGUGGAAUGCUAAAUAGAGCAAAAAAUACAUUAAUGAUAUACAAAAGAUUCGUAAAAAAUAACAUGAAACAUAAUGAUAAAUGUAUUGAAUUAUAUAAUAUGCUUUUGGAAGCUUAUGCUUCUAGAAAGAAUAUUGUAAAAGUCUUAGACUUGUAUGAUAUGAUAAAAAAAGAUUCAUUGAUACCAACAACACAAACUUAUGUAUACGUGCUUAGUGCUUUGGGGCAAGAAGUAAUAAAUGAUGAACGAAAAGCAUUAUUAGGAACGUUGGUCAGUGAAAUGAAUAAUUAUAAUAUAAGUUUCAAUGAUAUAUUUAAUAAAUCAUAUUUUAAAAAGAAUCAAAGAGAAAAUGUCUUUAAAUCGGUUAGAGCAUUAAUGCCAGACUUUGAACCCACAUAUACUUUACCAAGUACAGAAUAUUCAUGUAAACUUUUAAGUAAGAUUUUAACACAAAGCAAUUAUAGAAGUCCAGUACAAGAUUUAUUAACAAUGGAAGAAUUACAAAGUUGUUUAGAAAUGCAACUUCGGAAUGAAUCUGUAGGUGAAGUACAAAUAAAAAGUGUUGAAUCAUGCAAGGAUACAAAUAGUUCUACUUCUCGAAAGAGAUUGGAGGAAGUGGAAAAUUAUUGGAAAGACGCAGUAUCAAAAGCUUUUGAAAGGAAUUUGAAGUGUUUAAAACAAAAGGAAUGCCAAUUUCAGAAUUCUUUAAUGGUUUUGCAUCCAUUUUUAGAAGUAUUAGACAAAAGUGUUUAUAUAAAUGGCAUACUAAGAGAAGUUGAAAAAGUAGCUCGAGGUUCUGAAACUUACAGUAUGCCUCUCAGAUUUUUAUAUAUUGAUUUAGGAAAAUAUAUUUACAAUAAAUAUGAGGUUCAAACAAAAAAACAAUCUGGUUUAUUUGAUAAGAUACUCAGUAUUUACUCAAAAUAUCUUGAUUGGUAUUUGCAUCCAAAAGAAAUGGAACAUUUAAGUAAUAUGAAUAAUCGUACUAUAUGGCAGUACCUUGAAAUGAAAGAAGUAAACCAUGGUACAUCUUUGAAUAUUACAAUGUUUUCUUGGUCUUUGGAUGUAUUAAUAAAUAUUGGAAAAUUUUUAUACAAUAUAAUUUUAAAUGAUAUAAUUCUUCAUCCUAAUAUGUUGAAAGGACAAGAUUUAAAAUGUUCUAUUCCUGCAUUUUAUACGUUGUUUAGGAAUAGAGAAAAUUAUCUAUCAGAACAAAUUAAACCUCAUCCUUUAGUUUCAAAAUUAUAUAGAGAUUCAAAGACAAGAAUAUUAACAUUUGAUUCACAUAUAUUACCUUCGCAUGCUCCACCACGUCCAUGGACCUCAAUAUACAGUGGAGGGUAUCUUAUGACUAAAAUAGAUUUUAUGAGACUUCCAUCUGUGGAUAGUCCCUGGCAUAAACUUCAAAAUACACCAGGGAAACAACUAUUUCCUAUAUUCGAUUCAUUAAAUCAGCUUAGUUCCAUUCCUUGGAUGGUUAAUACUGACAUACUUGAUAUAGCAAUCAAGAUAUUUCAGAAUGGUGGUUCUGAAAAAUUAAAUGUUCCGCGACCAAUUUCUGUAUUAUCUUUACCACCUUCAGUAAAGGAAAAUGCUACCAUCCAAGAAAAGCGCAGCGCAGUAUUAGCACUGGCGCAAUAUAAACAAAAAAGAUAUGACAUGUAUAGUUUAUGGUGCGAUGCACUUUAUAGACUAUCAAUUGCUAAUCAUCUUAGAAACAAAGUAUUCUGGUUGCCACAUAAUUUGGAUUUUAGAGGAAGAGUUUAUCCAGUUCCACCUCAUUUAAAUCAUUUGUCAUCUGAUCUGGGACGUUCUUUUCUUUUAUUUGCUAAUGGGAAACCGUUAGGUCCAGAUGGAUUAAAUUGGUUAAAAUUACAUGUUAUAAAUUUGACUAAUUUUAAAAAAGGAAGUUCUGUUCAAGAACGUCUUGAGUAUGCAAAUCAAAAUAUGGAAAACAUAUUAGAUAGUGCCACGAAGCCUUUAACGGGUAAAAUGUGGUGGGCAGAGGCUGAAGAACCAUGGCAAACUUUAGCAGGAUGUAUGGAAAUAGCAAAUGCAUUAAAAACACCAAAUGUAGAAGAAUAUGUGAGUAGGUUUCCAGUACAUCAAGAUGGAAGUUGUAAUGGUCUUCAACAUUAUGCGGCACUUGGUAGAGACCAGAUAGGUGCAGAAAGUGUCAAUUUAUAUCCUUUUGAUGUUCCAAAUGAUGUAUAUACUGCAGUUGCGACGAUAAUUGAAAAACAACGGCAAAUAGAUGCAAAAAAUGACGUUAAAAUUGCCCAGUUACUGGAAGGAUUUGUAAAGAGAAAAGUUAUCAAACAAACUGUAAUGACAACAGUGUACGGUGUAACAAAAUAUGGUGCAAAACAUCAAAUAGCAAAACAACUCCGAAACAUUGAAGACUUUCCUUACGAAUAUGUUUGGCCUGCCAGUAUAUAUUUGGCUGAAAGUACAUUUAACAGUUUAAGAACAAUGUUUAAAAGUGCAAGAGAAAUUCAAGAUUGGUUAACAACAUGUGCUCGAAUUAUUUCGAUUUUGUACGGUGAAAACGUUGAGUGGGUUACUCCUUUGGGUCUUCCUAUUGUACAGCCUUAUAUCAAACAGAAACCUCAUAAAAUAUAUGUUCUUCACAUUUAUAGAGUUGAUUCUAUGAAGCAAAAAAAUGCGUUUGCCCCAAAUUUUAUACACUCUCUCGAUUCCUGUCAUAUGAUGCUUACUAGUCUUUAUUGUAGUCAAGAAAAUGUUACGUUUGUCUCAGUACAUGAUUGCUUUUGGACUCAUCCUUGUACCGUAACUAUUAUGAACAAAAUUUGCAGGGAACAGUUUGUUGCUCUCCAUUCUGAACCCAUUCUUGAAAAUUUAUCCGAUUAUUUUUUACAACGUUAUAAACCCCUUUCGAUGAAAUCAAGUAAAAAGAAGAUAAUUGAUGUAUCAGAUGCAUAUCAAUGCUUGCUUUCUGUACCAUCUAAGGGCACUUUUGAUAUUAAUAAUGUAUUGAAAUCUGUGUACUUUUUUAACUGAAGUUAAACUUCUGAAGCAUGUCAUAUGCACUGACGAUGUAAAUAAAUUACCUAAUCUAAAACAAGUA